AUGAGCAGGAAUACUGCAAAGACGUUUAGCAGCAGGGGGGUGGGCGGCGCCUCGGGGAGAUCGCUGCCGCCGCGAAGAAUGUGGUCUGCUUGUUUGGCGGUUGCGCUUCUGGCGUGCAUCGCUUUGCUGCCGGCGCGGGCACACAUGAUCGAGCUUUUGCCGGCUUCGAAGGAGUGCUUCUUCGAAGACCUGCACAUCGGGGACCAGAUGACUCUGACCUAUCAAGUAGGCGGUGGUGGGGGGCAUCUCGACAUUGACACGACGCUCACCGAGCCAUCUGGUCAGCGGCUGUACGAGCUGUACCGCAAGGACACGGGGACAUACUCUUUCACCGCGCAGCACGACGGGCGAUACGAGUACUGCUUCUCGAACGAGUUUAGCACCGUCAGCGACAAGACGGUCAGCUUCAACGUGCAUGGCAUCAUCUAUGUGCCCGAUGACGGAGAGAUGCAGCCGAUAGAACGGGAAAUUAGGGAUCUGGCAGCUGGACUGCAGGCCAUCAAGGACGAGCAAGAAUACCUCGUCGUCAGAGAGCGCGUGCAUCGGAAUACUGCCGAAAGCACAAAUACGAGGGUCAAGUGGUGGUCCAUCGCCCAGGGGAUCAUGCUUCUGGGUGUCUGUGGCGUGCAGAUCUUCUUUGUGAAGAGGUGA